AGUGGGUCCGGGUUACCAACCGUCGCCGAGUUGACUUGGGAUUCCUGACUCUCUUUGAACGCUAUUCAUUUUGUCCCUAAGUCCUGAGCUUUACGUCGCCAUCCUAUUUUUUUUUUAAGUAACAGUCGUUCCCAGGUAUUCACAGAUAACGGGUUCAGAGGUCGUCGAAGGGAACACUACGUUUCCCAGGAGGCAACGCGAACCAACGCCUGCACUCUAUUUCCCAGAGUUCCCUGGGACCGGGCUUCUCGCACGGCCUCCCCUCAGAAGUUGGACGACGUCGGGGCCAAGAUGGCGACAGGGACAGGCAAACACAAGCUGCUGAGUACUGGUCCUACGGAGCCGUGGUCCAUCCGAGAGAAGCUGUGUCUAGCCUCUUCUGUCAUGAGGAGUGGCGAUCAAAAUUGGGUAUCAGUUAGCAGAGCAAUCAAACCCUUUGCAGAACCUGGCCGUCCUCCAGACUGGUUUUCACAAAAACAUUGUGCUUCCCAGUAUUCAGAGCUUCUGGAGACCACUGAAACUCCAAAACGGAAACGAGGAGAGAAGGGAGAAGUGGUGGAAACUGUUGAAGAUGUGAUUGUUCGGAAACUGACUGCUGAGCGAGUAGAGGAACUAAAGAAAGUGAUAAAGGAAACCCAGGAAAGAUACAGACGGCUAAAAAGAGAUGCUGAACUAAUUCAAGCUGGACAUAUGGAUAGCAGACUGGAUGAACUGUGCAAUGACAUUGCAAUGAAAAAGAAAUUGGAGGAAGAGGAGGCUGAAGUAAAAAGGAAGGCUACAGAUGCUGCAUAUCAGGCCCGUCAAGCAGUAAAAACACCCCCUCGGAGGUUACCCACUGUGAUGGUCCGAUCUCCUAUAGAUUCUGCCUCCCCAGGAGGUGACUAUCCACUUGGGGACAUGACUGCAGCUACUAUGGAAGAGGCCACCUCUGGGGUAAACCCUGGGACUUUGCCGAGUACCCCAGUCACCUCGUUUCCUGGGAUUCCUGACACCCUUCCUCCAGGCUCUGCACCCUUAGAAGCCCCCAUGACCCCAGUAACAGAUGAUUCACCCCAGAAAAAGAUGCUUGGACAGAAAGCAACACCACCCCCCUCCCCUCUGCUGUCAGAGCUCUUGAAGAAGGGCAGCCUCCUGCCUACUAGCCCCAGACUGGUCAAUGAGAGUGAAAUGGCUGUGGCUUCUGGCCAUCUGAACAGUGCAGGUGUUCUCCUGGAGGUAGGCGGGGUCCUUCCCAUGAUGCAUGGUGGGGAGAUACAGCAAACACCCAAUACUGUUGCAUCGUCCCCUGCUGCCUCAGGUGCUCCCACUCUUUCCCGGCUUUUAGAAGCUGGGCCUACCCAGUUUACCACACCUCUUGCUUCCUUCACUACUGUUGCCAGUGAGCCUCCAGUUAAACUUGUGCCACCCCCUGUAGAAUCUGUGUCCCAGGCUACCAUUGUCAUGAUGCCUGCGCUGCCAGCACCAUCCUCUGCUCCGGCUGUCUCCACUCCUGACAGUGUAGCUCCAGUGAGUCAGCCUGAUACCUGUGUUCCUAUGGAGACUGUGGGAGAUCCACAUACUGUGACUGUUUCCAUGGAUAGCAACGAAAUCUCUAUGAUUAUUAAUUCCAUCAAAGAAGAGUGCUUCCGAUCAGGGGUAGCAGAGGCCUCUGGCGGAUCAAAACCUCCCAGCAUAGACGGGAAGGAAGAUUUAGAUCUGGCUGAGAAGAUGGAUAUUGCUGUGUCUUACACAGGUGAAGAGCUAGACUUUGAGACUGUUGGAGACAUCAUUGCCAUCAUUGAGGACAAGGUAGAUGAUCAUCCUGAAGUACUGGAUGUGGCAGCAGUGGAAGCAGCACUGUCAUUCUGUGAAGAGAAUGAUGAUCCCCAGUCCCUGCCUGGCCCCUGGGAGCAUCCUAUUCAGCAGGAACGGGACAAACCAGGACCUCUCCCUGCACCAGAAAUGACGGUUAAGCAAGAGAGGUUGGACUUUGAGGAAACAGAAAACAAGGGAAUCCAUGAACUGGUGGACAUGAGGGAACCCAGUGUUGAGAUCAAGGUGGAACCUGCAGAACCAGAUCCAGGCAUUUCAGGGUCUGAAAUAGCUGGAGUUGUCCCAGCCCCAAGUAUGGAGCCACCAGAACUCAGGAGUCAGGACUUAGAUGAAGAACCCAGGAGUAUUGCAACUGGAGAGAUUGCUGAAGCAGAUGUUUCCAGCGGGAAAAGCGAGGAGACCACACUUACAACUGUGAAGACAGAGGCAUCCCCCGAAAGUAUGUUGUCUCCCUCCCAUGGCUCAAAUCCCAAUGAAGAUCCCUUAGAGACAGAGUCCCAGCACAAGUUUGAAAUGUCAGACUCAUUGAAAGAAGAAUCAGGGGCUAUUUUUGGAAGCCAGAUAAAGGAUGCCCCAGGUGAGGAUGAGGAAGAAGAUGGGGUCAGUGAAGCAGCCAGCCUAGAAGAGCCAAAGGAAGAAGAUCAAGGAGAAGGCUAUUUGUCAGAAAUGGAUAAUGAGCCCCCUGUGAGCGAGAGUGAUGAUGGCUUUAGCAUACACAACGCUGCACUGCAGUCACAUGCACUGGCAGACUCCAUCCCAAGCAGCCCUGCUUCUUCACAGUUUUCUGUCUGUAGUGAGGAUCAAGAAGCUAUUCAGGCACAGAAAAUAUGGAAGAAAGCCAUCAUGCUUGUAUGGAGAGCUGCAGCUAAUCAUAGAUAUGCCAAUGUCUUCUUGCAGCCUGUUACAGAUGACAUAGCACCUGGCUACCACAGCAUUGUGCAGAGGCCUAUGGAUUUGUCAACUAUUAAGAAAAACAUUGAAAAUGGACUGAUUCGUAGCACAGCUGAAUUUCAGCGUGACAUUAUGCUGAUGUUUCAGAAUGCUGUGAUGUACAAUAGUUCAGAUCACGAUGUAUAUCACAUGGCAGUAGAGAUGCAGCGAGAUGUAUUGGAACAGAUCCAGCAAUUUUUGGCCACACAGUUGAUUAUGCAAACAUCUGAGUCUGGUAUCAGUGCUAAAAGUCUUCGAGGGAGAGAUUCUACCCGCAAACAGGAUGCUUCAGAGAAGGACAGUGUCCCCAUGGGCUCUCCUGCCUUCCUUCUCUCUCUCUUUAUGAAACAUGAAUGGUUUUGGUUGGAUUCUGUACAAGACUAUCACAAUGACACUGAGUUGAGCAACUACUGCAGGUCCCUCAUCAGCACAUGGAACUCCAGUCUGGGUCUUGAUGUGGGCAGCUGGAGGAAAACUGAGGAACUCGAAGAAAGCAGCCCAAGGAGAGAACCUAGUGAGCUGCUUGUGGGGAAUGAAAGCAGUGAGGAGUAUCAGGAUGAGGCAGAGCAAGUCAACCACCAGAACCUCCUCCAUUUUCUCUCUGAGGUAGCUUAUUUAAUGGAGCCAUUGUGCAUUAGCAGCAAAGAAUUGAGUGAAGACUGCUGCCUGCCAUCUGGUACCAGGCAACAGGAAGAAAGGAAAAUUGAAGCUACUAAAGAAAGGAAGUGCUGUAGACAGUUUGAACAACUUUUAGCCGAUGUAGACCCCUUAGAAGCUGAAAAAUCGCUACUGAGAGAAAAUGGAAAGCCAAAGGAGAAGUUACAAGAAUCCAAAGAGGAGGACCAGGGUGAAGGGUAUGGGUCAGAGAUAGAAGAGUCCCCUUUAGGUGAGUGUGAAGAUGGCUUCAGCCUUCAAGAGAGUCCUCUGGUGGAUAUCCUUCUCAACCAUGCAUCCUCCUCAGAUCUGACUGAUCUAAACCAGGAUGAAGCUCUUCAGGAUCAUUUGCUGUUUAAGAAGACUGUUCUGCCAGUCUGGAAAAUGAUUGCUAGUCACAGAUUCAGCAGUCCAUUUCUGAAGCCUGUGUCAGAAAGGCAGGCCCCAGGGUACAAGGACGUGGUGAAAAGACCCAUGGACUUAACUAGUGUGAAAAGAAAUCUGUCUAAGGGACGAAUUCGCACUUUGGCUCAGUUCCAGCGCGACCUGAUGCUGAUGUUCCAGAAUGCUGUGAUGUACAAUGACUCUGAUCAUCACGUGUAUCACAUGGCUGUGGAAAUGCAGCGAGAAGUGCUGGAACAGAUUCAGGUGCUGAACAUUUGGUUAGACCAAAGGAGAGACUUGAGCAGUCUGGAAUGAAAACCUACCAAUCCAGUGGAUGAUGCAAACCUGUUUAAUUGACUUGGAGCUGCUACUCUGCCCUAUUCUCCAGUUUAAACCUCUUAAAACUCUGACCCUGAGAAAACUCCAGUACUUUGUUUUACCACUUUUCUGUUGUUACUCUUUCUAGUCAAAGUAAUACCUUGAUUCACAACCGAGGAGGCAAUGGUACCUGUGGAUAUACUACUAAAAUAAAGGGAGAAGAGCUGGGA